AUGUUGGUUGAAGAGGUUGCAGAGGCUGCAGAGGUCAAAGGUUCGAAGGAUAUUGAGAAAGCUGUGGCAAACUUAACGAGCUUGCACCAACCAGCAGAGCGGUAUUAUCGGGAUCUUCAAACUAUAAAAUCACUUCAUUUCAUUAAUUAUGAAAUAGUUGUAGCCUUAUCAUUCCAUUCCAAUCCCAAUCUUGAUUGGUGUUCAUUAGAGAAUGCACAAUUAGUCUCUUCAAUCAUACAGGCAAAUGAUCUUCGACCGUAUUUGCUGGAAUACGUUAAUCAGGAAUUUAAGCCCAAUUUGAGGAAAAUUGAGAACCAAGUUAAGCUGGGUUUAGGACGACUGGGAUUAAGGCCGAGACUUAUUUUCCAAGAUCAAAAAUUCGACCCUGUGCCGUUGGCUCAAGCAUGGUUUUUGAUUGAAGUUACCAAGAAUAAGAAGAAUGUGAGAGGGGAAAAAAAAGACGACAAAGACCAUAAUGAUGAUGGUGACGACGCUGAAAUUAAUCUACUUGUGUUGUUACUCUUGAUUGAUUGCUUUCAAUUCGAUAUCCAAGGGAAGAUACAGGCUUGUAAAGUAUUGGCUCAGCUAAAGAUAUUGACACCAAAAUUGGUACCUCAAUUGAGAGAAUGUUUGGCAAAGUGUCUUGUACAUAUACCUCCAGUCACACCUGAGGAAUCGGAGUCUCUACCGUUGCUAACAGUUGCGCUUCCCAAUCUAUAUCGAGUCGAUGAUGAGUUUGGGACAAACUUGAACUAUAUUGAUACAAUAGCUACGAUCCUUUCCUCAUUGACCUAUGUCACCAAUUAUCCCAAAACGAUGAUAUUUCUUUUACAGCAAUUGCUGGUCUGUAUCAAUCGUAUUGGGAUCGAUGUGCUUAUUAGUGUUUCCAAGAUUUUUUAUAUUUUGAAUCAAAUCAUCACUAAUUACGCGAUGCUCGAUAAACCGGAAGUGGUUCAAACAGCUUUGAAAGUUGAAAAUGACAUAUUGCAAGUUCAAUCGCCUCUUGUUUAUACAUUUGUCUUUGAUUUGAUCAGUGCUUAUGCUGUCCUUGAAAAGAGAAUAGGAAACCACAAAAUAGAGCAAGUAAACGAGCAAAAGGAGAAAGUAAACCACAAGAUAGAGCAAGUAAACGAGCAAAAGGAGAAAGUAAACGAGCAAAUUGAGAAGGUAAAAGAGCAAAUUGAGAUUAAUUUGACUUCUUUGAAGGGAUUGGCUAAGGUGUGUGAUAAGGUAUCCGAAUUCGAGGAUCUAUGUACAUAUAUACCAAGUUAA